AUGUCUUUAAGUAGCAUGGAAGAGGAACAACAACAACAGCAACAAGAAAUUUUAGAUCCCAAAGUCUUUGUGGCGGGUGGUGGCAAUCAAAAGGAUGGUUAUGAUUUUACUGCCAAUGUGCGUAAAAAUGUUUACGAAAGUGAUAAUGGUAAACAUUCUUUUGAUAUAACUGGUGGUUAUUCCCAGCAUGUGGGUGGUCCUUAUGGUAAUAGUCCAGCAGAUCGUCGUGUGGGUGGCAUCUAUACUUACAGAUGGUAGAUUUGUAAUGGAUUCUAUACAUGGAUUUCAAAUUAAAUAAUAAAUAUUGUAAGCAAAUAAAUAGAUUGUGUUAGAAUAUUCAUUUUAAAAUGUUUUGUGGAAUUGGUAAUUAUCUUUAUCUAUAACUUUUUAAUGUGUGUAAAUCCGGUAGCUUAGUAGUUAGUGUU